AGAAGAGUUUUGAGAUUCAGAAAUAGUGUACUUUUUUUCUGGAUUGUGCAUGCCCCUUCUGGGCACCGCGAGAGAGAAGUCAGAGACCGCGACUGGAAAGUUCCAGGCAUAGCCCCGCUCUUGGUCUCUCGGAGCACCAACUUCAGUCAACGAACAGCGAUCACCAAGCACGAUAUGUGCGGGUAGAAUAUAUUUGCUGAAAGAGAGUACCUUCAAUUCACAACAGAAUUUGUGCUAUUGUACAAAAUCCAUCUUGGUCGGGAAGCCACAUCAUUCACCACGACAGGUGGAACGCGCUCAUGGAACUGUAAAUGCGAUUUUGCAUAACUGUUCAAAGUGAUUUUAAUUUGUAUUUAAUUGAAAAUUGUUUGUGGCUCGGCUGCAAUGAUCGUGUCAUGGAACUCCGAGUGAUAUCGUACUUAUCUUUCUUUCGCGCACAUUUCUGAUAGUAAGAUUGAGAACUCUUGUGCGCCAUUGUGUUUCAGGUUUUCUUAUCACUUGGCCAAACCGAUUCACACUCAAAUUGAUGAUGUGAAUCAAAAAUAUUUAUUAUAUUGAAGUAUUCUGUGUGUGUAAUGUUCGUGGAAUAUUUCAAUAGCUUCCCGUGUCGUUGAGGCUCCAACAGGUGAAAAUAGGUGAAUUACGAGCAGUCACGAUUCGCUUAUUCACAAUUAAUGUGUUGUGUUGAUCACAGACUGGUGCUGGGGAGAAAUAAAAAGCGAAUUAGGUUCAGGAGGAGGAAAAAGUUGAUUUUUUGAGGGUCAUAGAGAGAAGUGAAAAAAAACUGAUACUACAGAGAGAUUGUUUCAUCCGUUAAUCGUCCAUGAGAGAUUAAGAGUGCUAGAAACGAAAUUUAUGUGCGAUUGCCUGUGAAAAUCAUCUUAAGAUCUCGAGAAGAAAAAGUGUCAUAUUGAAAAUAGUACCUUGAUCGCGAAGAUGCCGUUAUUCCACAAGAAGGCCGUAAAACCGGUCCAAUACCACGAGAAUAAUAAUUCAGUGCAUCCACAGUCUCAAGCACCAGCUAAUCACCAUCCUCUGCCGGCCAAUGGGUCCAAGAGUGAGAUCAGACCGCAACCACCGCAGUCUCCGACUCCUACCAGUCCCGUACAGCUCAUGUUCCACUGCCAGCUGGCCCACGGGAGUCCCACUGGCUUCAUAACGGGCUUCUCCAGCGUCAAAGAGCUCUACCAAAAAAUCGCAGAGUAUUACGAUUUUCCAACUGAUGAGAUUCUCUUCUGCACACUGAAUUCCCACAAAAUCGACAUGUCGAAGCUGCUGGGAGGUCAAAUAGGGCUGGAUGACUUCAUUUUUGCACACCGGAAAGGCCGUCCGAAAGAGAUAGAGAUUGAAAAGUCAGAGGAUGCCCUCGGGCUCACGAUAACGGACAAUGGAGCUGGGUAUGCCUUUAUCAAGAGAAUAAAGGAGGGCAGUGUCAUCGAUCGAAUUCCGCAUAUUAAGAUUGGCGAUCACAUUGAGCGACUGGAUGGGGUGAAUGUGGUAGGCAAGAGGCACUACGAGGUGGCCAGGAUGCUCAAAGAUAUUAGUACAGGAACAACAUUUACACUGAGACUCGUGGAACCCAUGACGAGUGGCUUUCAGGGUAUUGGACCACGAGGCGGAGGCGGGAAGGCGGGGAAGUCAAAGGGUUACGGAAGUGGGAAGGAGACCCUCAGGUUCAAGUCCAACGGAAGUGCCGCAAUUGAGGAUGAGCGCGAUGAAGUAGCUCAAGCGGGAAUUGAUGCCAUCAACGCACUUUUAGACUCUUUCAUGGGGAUUAAUGAUGCAGAACUUGCCUCACAGAUUUGGGAUUUGGGAAGCAAUAAAACGAAUUCAAUGGACUUUGCAGAAGCAAUUGAUGCAUCGGAUUUGGAAGCAUUUGGAUUUACAGAUGAUUUUAUAAUUGAACUCUGGGGUGCUGUGACUGAUGCCAGACAGGGUCGCAUGAAGAAAUUGUAAAAUGUGCUAAAUUUUACUCCUAAAUUGUAAUAACAAGAUUUUUAGUUUGUAAUGGAUAAAGUAUCGAUUUUUUUGAGAAAUUCCUGUACAUAUCAUUGCCUAUCUUGCGAUAGAAAAGAAGAUAAUUCGUUAUGGAUGUAGCAUUUAAAUGAAUAAACGCCAAAAUGUAUGCAAA